AUGUCGCUUUCAAAACGCUUUACUCGGCCUGUUACCACACUGGCCCGUUGGAACCGGCCGGUGCUGCAUCGGUGCCUUCACCAGCCAUCAGAUCCUCAGCAGAGUGGUAGCCACCAGAAGGCUGAUGACGCCCCGGAUGCACAAAAUGAUCCAACGCAGAGGCCCCCAAGUACUCACCAGGACCCUCCUCAGGCCACCGGGAGUGGCAACACCAAUGCAUCCUCCCAACCUCCAAAGGACUACAAAACUCGGCCGUGGAUUCGGGCAAUGAUUGCCUCAGGUAUAAAGGCAAAAAGUCAAGUAAACCAGGGGGGCAUUGGUCUCAGCUCAAAGGGAGACGACGGCAAUAGUGAAGCUGGUGCAAAAGUCGACAACACAGGUUCUGCAGGAAGCUCUAAGCGACCAUCUUCCUGGGUACUUGAGGCGCUUAACAAGAUGUUUCAAAGGAAAGGACAUUCCAGUCUUACAGGGCAGAGGCCGGCCGUCUUUAUCGAAAAUAAUACUGGAGGCCAAUUUAAGUCAGGUCAGGCAAAGAAAGAUGCCAUGGAUCAAAUCCUGCGAGAAAAGUAUGGGAUCGAGGAUCCCGAAAAGCGAAAGCGUAUCAUAGAGAACGCCAAGACGAUUGAAAUUGAUUUGAGAGGCUCCGUGUUAUCUUUAAUACUCAUUUGCUUGGUCGCCGCCAUCGUCUACCAACAGUUGAAAGAGAUGGAUAGGCGUGCCCAACUAGUUCGGAUGCGUCAGAAGGAAACCGCAGCAAGGCAAGAGCAGGUUGAGGAGGAGACUCCGGCUACUGACGGACAAUACUCUAUGAUGGAUAAUCACACUAAACUUGGCGGUACUUGA